CCGACCCGACAUAAAUAAACUGUAACACAUCCCGGAAGUGACCAUGAGGAUGACGGACGAAAACAAUCUUGCGAGCCCAGAAAUUUCCACGGAUGAUGUUAAAAACCUUAUUAAAAAGAAAGACGACAUCGAGGAGCAAAUAAGAGCUUACUACGAUGUUCUGGAAGAUCAAGGUGUCGGUCUCGACGGUCCCUUGGUGGACACAGAAGGCUACCCGAGGUCCGACGUCAACUUGUACCAGAUAAGAACCGCCAGACACAACAUUUCAUGCUUGCAGAAUGACCACAAGGCCAUCAUGGUGGAGAUAGAAGAAGCCUUGCACAGGCUGCACGCUCGAGAGAAGGCCAAGAGGCAGCGUGACGAGACAGAAGCCCAGGAGGAGGCUAUGGUGCUGCAGGUCACGCUUCCCCCCGCCUUUGCACGCGUAGAUACCGUCACGCAGGGCUCGCCGGCCUCUGGAGCUGGCCUCAAAGUCGGUGAUGAAGUCAUCGAGUUUGGUUCGGUGAAUACAGAGAACUUUCAAAGUCUCCACAACAUUGCCUCCGUGGUGCAGCAUAGCGAAGGGAAGCCACUUCGAGUGACGGUGAUCCGGGAGGGUCAGAAAGCUCACAUGAGUCUGACCCCACAGAGGUGGUCUGGCAGAGGUCUACUGGGGUGCAAUAUUGUCCCAAUCCCACGGUGAUCAUCAACCACAACAUCACAAUAGACCAUGCCUCUUACCCAUCUGUUUGCUUUAUUCACCAGGAAUAAAACCUUGCGAUGUUACAUUUGGGCUGACUUGUCUGAAAUGUCACAUUGGGAUGAGACGUCCACAGGACAUUUGAUUAGGCACCCUCUAACGCAAAAACAAUCAGCCUUUCUGAAAGUAAUGCAACAGUAUGUUUAUUAUAGUGGUUUGGUUACCUUAGCUAUCCACAUGACCUAUUAGAAAGCACACUAUUAUAUUUGAAAAAAAACAAAAAGCUGGUUGUAAUGUGGAUUUUAUUAGGUAAAAAAGUCAUUUGUUGAGCUACGUCAGAUAUUAGGAACUGAAUGUUUGCAUUUAGUAAGGAAAAUAUUUUCCACAAAAAAUAGCUUCUACAUUUUAAAAAAUCAGAUGCAUGCACUAAUGAUUAUUUUAGGCCAAUAAUAAUAAUAAUAAUAUCAUGAUGCUUUGAGUUUCUUCUUUUUGCCUUUAACCAUCUGCGGGAGCUGGAUUUUGAAGGCAGUCCUAAAAAAAUAAAAAAAAAAUCAAUUAAAACAAUAGUUUUGUUCGGUAUAAAAUGUCAAUACAGUCAUCCCUCGCUACAUCACGGUUCCAACAUUGCUCCGCCUAUUUUUAGUCAAAUAAAAUUACAUUUAAGCAAAUUGUAUGGAUUUUUUCCCAACCAUAAAAAUGGUUAAAUGAACUAAAAAAGAAAUAUUCUACAUGGGUCACUCUGUGAUUGUUUAAUGAGACAAUGAGCAGACUUGUUCAUCUGAUGUUUUUUUUUAUUAUUAUUACCUCGGUACGCGCUGCCAUAGCCCACAACAAGCUGAAACUCAACUCUGAACCUCUGACGUCACUUCCUCCCCUACAAGAUCAAUUGCUUGUAUUCUGAUUAUAUUGGUGUGACUAUAGGGGUGUUACUGAAUCUCUAACGGGCUCUAAAAUGUGGCCCGCAGGACACUAGUUUGAGGCCCCCGCCUUGAUAUGAAAGUUUAAUGUUAGUGCGGCCCGCGCAAGUUUGAUAUGGAUGCUGUAUGGUAUCAUGUACCCAGAAAAAAUUAUUACGUUUGAUUAAUGUUCAUGUUAAAGGUUAAAUAACUGUUAAUAGUUAUCCUCCCUAUCCGUGUGGAAGUGGUAAGUUUUUGGCUAUUUAAGUUGAAAGGAAAUAACUUGAAGGCUACCGUUUAGGUCACUAGCUCUCUAGUUUGCGAGUUAGCAUGUGUCUCAAGACCCUGCAGUUGCGCAAUAUGUUGUAAAUAAAAAGAGUAUAAAUGUGACUAUAGUCGUGUUUUGUCAUGUCUACAGGGCUCUAAUAAUGCUUUGUUCAUUUUAAUCUGAAAAAAAUAAUUUGUCUACCCACCAACUAUGUGGUUUCUUAGGUUUUUAUUAUUUGUUGUUUUAUUAUUAUUAUUAUAUUUAUUUAUUACUGAUUGAUUGAUUUUCUUUAUUCUUGAUUUGUUCAUUUAUUUUUCAUCUUAUUUUGUGCAGAAAAAUAAAAAUCAAGAUAUUUGAGAACAGUGGAAUGUUUUAUCACAGCUUUUAUUGUAGAAAAUCGGAACCAAAGCACUGAAAAAGUUUGUAUAUUUUUCUGUUUUUAAUAAAUGCGUUGUUUUUUUUUUUUUUGGAAAACCUGAUGCGGCCCAGCCUUACCCAGACCCUAGCUCCAGUGGCCCCCAGGUAAAUUGAGUUUGAGACCCCUGGUUUACAGUAAACACAUUUUCUACGCCAUAACAAUGAAAUGCUCCAUUGAAUCCUACUUUGCAGAAAUUCACUUAUCAUGGACGGGUGUGGAAGCAAUUAGCGGUGAUGAACGAGGGAUUGCUGUAUUUAAACUACAUUAAAAAAAAAAUUUUUUUAAACUUACUCGCAGGUUGUGCAGAUGGGGCUAAAGUUGCAGAAUACUGUUGGGAGAAAGCAGCAUAAAAUGUACUAUUAUAGCAGCAUAAAAGCAGACAAAUCAAUAGACAUGAUAUCAGAUCAAUGACAUGAGUGGCCAUUAAAUAAAAACUCUCAUUAUUACGUCAAAAAAUAUCAUAUAUGAUUAAUGCAACACAUUAUGAUUUCAGAUAUUCAUUCAUUUUCUACCGCUUAUCCUCACGGGGGUCGCUGGAGCCUAUCCCAGCUGUCUUCGGGCGAGAGGCGGGGUCCACCCUGGACUGGUGGCCAGCCAAUCACAGGGCACAUAUAGACAAACAACCAUUCACACUCACAUUCAUACCUAUGGACAAUUUGGAGUUGCUAAUUAACCUAGUAUGAUGGCCGAGGGUGGGAUUGAACUUGAAGCAUUGAAGGUCUGCGCGCUAACCACUAGACCACCGUGCAGCCCGAUUCCAGUUAUUUUACGAUGUAAUUAACAUAGGAAUUGUGUUCUCCACCACACAUUCUUGUAUGUGUACUUUAUAGUUUGGCUGCACUGCCAAAGUGUUGCUCCCUAGCCAAGCUCUUAGUCUAGGAUGAUGGGGUCCGAGCACCGGUUUAGCCGGAUUCACGCCCCGGAUCCCCACCACAGCUUCCAGCUUGAAUGCUGCUCUAGAGGUCAGGAGAACCACGGUGGAGAGCGGCCAGGGAAACUUCUCCAAUCACAGGGCACAUAUAGACAAACAACCAUUCACACUCACAUUCAUACCUAUGGACAAUUUGGAGUCACCAAUUAACUUAGCAUGUUUUUGGAAUGUGGGAGGAAACCGGAGUACCCGAAGAAAACCCACGCAUGCACGGGGAGAACAUGCAAACUCCACACAAAAAUGGCCGAGGGUGGAAUUGAACCCUGGUCUCCUAGCUGUGAGGUCUGCACGAUAACCACUACUCCACCGUGUCGCCCAAAACAACAACAAACAAACCCUAAAACGUGGCACGGCGAGCACUUACUCGACAGGCAAACGGAGCAGACAUAGCCGAUUUCGAUGAGGUUGCGGUGGCAGAAGCACGCCGCUCUGUAGUCCACGUGGGCCGGCGGCGGCAGCACCAGCUGGGAACGCUGCUCCGCGUCGGGCAGGAACACCCACUGUUCGCGGGCACACAACAAAAAGUUUAAGAUCUGCAUGUGAACAAUGCAGCAUUAUUUCUAUGGUUAUCAGUACACAAGCGUAUUUGGGUUAUUGAAGGAGUGAUGCUGUGUUCUCACCAGCAGGUACUGAGCAAGGGCCAACUUCUGCGGUAUCUUAAGGUACAAGCCUCCUGUUAUGUCACAUGCCUACCAAGAACAUAACAAGCGACACCAAAUAAUUACCGAAAACAACAACAAUUCACCAUUAAAGAACUAUAACCAUACCUGCUGGAGGAGACCGGAAUCUGACUCCAACACGCACGCAUCCAUCAAGAUGUUCUGUUUUAAAAAUGGAAAACUACUCAAUAAUACUCUUAUAUAAAGUAUGAAGUGUCAAAGGAAAUGAAGAAUUAAAGGAAGCAACCUGCUUCUGGGCAGCAAAGAUGACGUUCAUAAAGUGCAUGUACUGCAGGGCGCAGUCGUCUGCUGCCUUUAUCACCUAACAGUCGUUUUCAUUCAAUAUUAUUACUCAAAUAUAUAUUUACAAACAAAUUACAA